AUGUGUUUUGGCUUUGGCAGGUCACAUGUCUCUCAGGGUCUCCUUUGUUUUGAGUUGAGCCGGAGCUAGGAUCACAGACCUAGCCACAGAAAAGGCAGAGCAAGAGCAGCCCGGCGGCCCAGCAGCAAGAGCCCGGACUGGGAGGCAAGGAUUCUGCUGCUAUCUGUGCAGAGCGGGAGAAGGGGUAAUGGAGGAGAGAGGGGAGUGCUGAAGUCAGGGUGUUCCUCUACCCCUGUACCCCAUCUCUGCAGAGUCAAAGUCCGGGAGAGAGAUACACAUAGUGGAGCUGCUCCAAUCUGAAGCAUGGAUGCCAUAACACCGUAAAGAAGACACAGAAAUCUUUUCUCAAUGAUUCUAUAGACAACGGAUGUAACAAUGGUACUAAUACUGGGACGCAGACUGAAUAGAGAGGAUAGCGGGGUCCGUGAUUCCCCUGCAACCAAACGUAAAGUUUUUGAAAUGGACCCAAAGUCCUUAUCAGGUCAUGAGUUUUUUGACUUCUCUUCAGGAUCAUCUCAUGCUGAAAACAUACUCCAGAUCUUCAACGAGUUUAGAGACAGCCGCUUGUUCACAGAUGUAAUUAUCUGUGUGGAAGGAAGAGAGUUUCCCUGCCAUCGAGCUGUUCUCUCAGCCUGCAGUAGCUAUUUCAGAGCUAUGUUUUGCAAUGAUCACAGAGAAAGCAGAGAAAUGUUGGUGGAGAUCAAUGGCAUUUUUGCUGAAGCUAUGGAUUGCUUUUUACAGUAUGUGUACACUGGCAAAGUGAAAAUCACUACAGAGAAUGUGCAAUAUAUCUUUGAAACAUCAAGUCUCUUUCAAAUUAGUGUUCUGCGUGAUGCCUGUGCCAAGUUCCUGGAAGAGCAGUUGGAUGCGUGUAACUGUCUGGGAAUCCAGCGUUUUGCUGAUACGCACUCACUAAAGACACUCUUCACCAAAUGCAAGAAUUUUGCAUUACAGACAUUUGAGGAUGUUUCUCAGCAUGAAGAAUUUCUUGAGCUUGGCAAAGAUGAGCUCAUUGAUUAUAUUUGUAGCGAUGAACUGGUGAUCAGUAAAGAAGAGAUGGUUUUUGAAGCAGUCAUGCGCUGGGUUUACCGCUCCGUUGAUCUGAGAAGGCCAAUGUUACAGGAACUUCUGACACAUGUGAGACUUCCUUUAUUACAUCCUAAUUAUUUUGUUCAGACAGUGGAAGUGGACCAGCUGAUCCAGACAUCUCCAGAGUGUUAUCAGCUUCUACAUGAAGCAAGAAGAUACCAUAUACUUGGAAAUGAAAUGAUGUCCCCAAGAACUAGGCCACGCAGAUCCACUGGCUAUUCUGAGGUGAUAGUCAUUGUCGGAGGCUGUGAACGAGUUGGGGGGUUUAAUCUGCCAUACAAUGAAUGCUAUGAUCCUGUGACAGGAGAAUGGAAGUCACUAGCUAAACUCCCAGAAUUUACCAAGUCUGAAUAUGCAGUGUGUGCUCUUCGGAAUGAUAUUCUUGUUUCAGGUGGAAGAAUUAACAGCCGGGACGUGUGGAUUUAUAACUCUCAGCUUAACAUUUGGAUCAGAGUUGCUUCCCUAAACAAAGGCAGAUGGCGUCAUAAAAUGGCUGUCCUUCUUGGUAAAGUGUAUGUGGUUGGAGGGUAUGAUGGACAAAGCAGACUCAGCAGUGUAGAAUGUUAUGAUUCAUUUUCCAAUCGAUGGACAGAGGUAGCUCCACUUAAAGAAGCAGUGAGUUCUCCAGCAGUAACUAGCUGUGUAGGCAAAUUGUUUGUGAUUGGUGGAGGUCCUGAUGACAACACGUGCUCUGACAAGGUUCAGUCAUAUGAUCCCGAUACUAAUUCUUGGUUGCUCCGUGCAACUAUCCCUAUUGCAAAGAGAUGCAUAACAGCUGUGUCUCUAAACAAUCUGAUCUAUGUUGCGGGAGGGCUCACCAAGGCAAUUUACUGCUACGAUCCAGUCGAGGAUUAUUGGAUGCAUGUCCAGAAUACAUUCAGCAGACAGGAAAACUGUGGCAUGUCUGUGUGUAACGGCAAAAUCUAUAUCCUUGGUGGAAGACGAGAAAAUGGAGAAGCCACAGACACCAUUCUUUGUUAUGACCCUGCAACAGGCAUCAUCACGGGAGUAGCAGCCAUGCCCAGGCCAGUAUCAUAUCAUGGCUGUGUGACGAUUCAUAGAUACAAUGAAAAAAGCUUUAAACUGUAAAGAAGGGAAAACUUAUGAAAGGAUGCAGUGCCCUGGCACAAGACAGGAUUUCAAAGAUUCCUAAAAUGGGAAACUGACUUUUCCCUCAUUGCCAUACGAAACUAAAUCUCCAUGUGCCUUUUAAAACAAACACAAUGUUUUCAGUUAAUUAAAAAGUAAACAAAAAAAAAAGUCUACAACCAUAUCCAGUAACUACUGUUCAAUCAUUUCUGGUGUGAUAACAGUAAACUAACAUUUACAUAGUUUCCUCUUGGUGUACAGUAAUCAAGAUCUUGGAUGUUACGUAGGGAAGGAACCUUCACAAGUAGUUGUGCCUAGAUCUUAAGGACUGAUCUCUAUUGUUUUUUUGGUUCUCUCAGAGUCUGUUAGUUGAAAACAUUUAACCAAGUUGACCUACAAAAAAUAUGUUGGUUUAAAAGAGUUUGUAUCAUCGUGAUGUAGUGUUGUUGUAGCCCCAGGAUAUUCGAGACAUUGGAUAUCUGAGGAGAAUACAUUUUAGUACAUAAACUUCUGUUGGUGAGAACAAGAAGCUUUUGAGAUUACAUGGAGCAGAAGAAGAGCGCUGUAUAAGCUUGAAAGCUUGUUUCUCUCACCAGGACAAGUUGGUCUAGUAGAAGAUAUUUUUUCACCCCUUGUCUCACAAGUAUGUUCUUUUACCAUAAGAUUUCUUGGCUUACCAAAUAGACUUUCUUUCAUAUUCACCCACUGCUUUAAAUGUUUUAAAUGCAAUGCUUCAUAGGAAAUAAAUAUUAAAACCUUUGGUAAAUAAUUUUCCUCUGUAUAUGGGUAGGGGAAUUGACGGUGUCAUAAGAACGGCCAUACUGAGUCAGACCAACCAUCCAUCUAGCCUAGUAUCCUGUCUUCCAAUAGUGGCUAAUACCAGAUGCCCCAGAGGAAGUGAACAGAACACAUAAUCAUCAAGUGAUCCCUCUCCUGUCACCCAUUUCCAGCCUCUGACAAGCAGAGGCUAGGGACACUAUUCAUACCCAUCCUAGCUAAUAAGUAUUGAUGGACCUAACAUCCAUGCAUUUAUCUAGUCGUGGUUGUUCAUUGAGCUGCUGCAAAAAGUUGCAGUAACUACUGUUUUCAUAACAGAUCUUCUAACAUUUCACUAUGGACCUUAUUCAUAGUGUUUCUAAUAAUUUAUUAGAAGUCAUACAAAUACUGGACUAUAUGCAUGCAGAAAAAUAAUGACCCUACAGCAUAGGCACACAUCUGAAGCAGUUUUGUGUCCCAAUUCUGACCACCUUGAAUUGUAAAGCUGAAGUCUGCUAAUUCUUGAUACCAUCCUUUGCUAACUGUAAGGUACCAUUCAUCAUUCUACUGUAUAAAUAGACGAGGAGUCCUGUGGCACCUUAUAGACGUGUAGGAGUAGGAGCAUAAGCUUUCGUGGGCAAAGACCCACUUUGUCAGAUGCAUGUGUAUAAAUAGAAACACUCAUCAAGGGGGGCUUCUAACUCUAUGAAUUUCAUAGUGUAAACUCUCUGUUGAUAGAAAGAGCUAGCAACCACAGGCCUAACUCUGCUGUUUGAGUUAAUCUUAAUAUGCAAAGUUCUGGGACAUUGGCUAACUCUGUUUGUAUAGAUUUCUCUAGAUAGUCACUUUUUCCAGUGCUAUUGAGCUGUAAACCCCACAGAGGACAUGUGUAGAACUGACACUUCCCACAAAUUGUCAAAAUGCCAUCCAGAGAGGUGUUCAUUUAGCCAUGUGAUUUGUAAAAUCACAAACUGAAUGGCUUAAUUUUGAAGGUUUAAAGACUUCCAAAGUAUCCUCCCAGAUUUUGGCCCAUUGCUUAUCAAUUAAUCUGAAAUUCU